AUGUAUGGACGCUAUACACAGGAGUUGGGGGCCUUUGCCAAAGAAGAGGCAGCUCGUCUGCGUGAGGAUGGAGCACUGCGGAGGACCACCAGUGUGCGCGGCCAGGCGCCAGAACUGAUGGAGUAUGAGAAGGACCCGUGUGCCAAGUGUCAAGUCUGUACAUCAUGGUGUCGGAAGUUCUUGAUUUCCCGUGUUGGUGAAGACUGGAUCUUUCUCAUCCUCCUGGGACUUCUCAUGGCAUUGGUCAGCUGGGCUAUGGACUACACUAUUGCCUUCUGCCAGCAAGCACAGAAGUGGAUGUACGGUGGUCUGCACAAUAACAUGUUGCUACAGUACCUGGCCUGGGUCACUUACCCAGUAGUUCUAAUCACAUUCUCCGCCGGCUUCACACAGAUACUGGCGCCACAGGCAGUGGGCUCUGGGAUCCCAGAGAUGAAGACCAUUCUCCGAGGUGUGGUGCUAAAAGAGUACCUCACUUUCAAAACCUUCGUCGCCAAAGUGAUUGGCUUAACUUGUGCCCUUGGAAGUGGCAUGCCUCUGGGCAAAGAGGGACCAUUUGUUCAUGUUGCCAGUCUGUGUGCUGCUCUGUUGAGCAAAUUCAUGGCAUUGUUUGGAGGAAUCUACAUGGAAGAGCCCUUUGAGGGAAACAAGAACGAGCUGAGAAACACUGAGAUGCUGUCAGCCGCCUGUGCAGUGGGGGUGGGCUGUUGCUUUGCGGCCCCUAUUGGAGGAGUGCUGUUUAGUAUUGAGGUCACAUCUACGUUCUUUGCUGUGAGGAACUACUGGAGAGGAUUCUUCGCGGCAACCUUCAGUGCUUUUAUCUUCAGGGUGCUGGCGGUGUGGAAUAAGGAUGAGGAGACAAUCACGGCUCUCUUCAAAACGCGCUUUCGUCUGGACUUUCCCUUUGACCUCCAAGAGCUUCCAGCUUUUGCUGUGCUCGGGAUUGCCAGUGGUUUUGGAGGUGCGUUGUUUGUCUACCUGAACAGGAUCAUAGUGGAGUCUAUGAGAAAACAGAAAACCAUCAACAAGUUUUUGCUAAAAAAAAGACUAGUGUAUCCAGCAGUGGUCACUCUUCUUGUCUCUACACUCACCUUUCCUCCGGGGUUUGGACAGUUCAUGGCAGGCCAGCUGACUCAACAUGAGUCACUAGUGGCACUGUUUGACAACCAGACCUGGUACAAGCAAGGUGUUGCUGAGGAGUUUGCGUAUUCAAGUGAAGUACCCCAGGCCUGGAAGCAUCCACAAGUCGGUGUGUUUAUCACACUCCUCCUCUUCAUUGUCAUGAAGUUCUGGAUGUCAGCUUUGGCCACAACAAUGCCUGUUCCUUGUGGGGCCUUCAUGCCGGUUUUCCUCAUCGGGGCCGGGUUCGGUCGACUGGUGGGCGAGAGCAUGGCCGCCGUCUUCCCCGAAGGAAUACAUGCUGACAGCACUGUAUAUCCCAUAGUUCCCGGCGCAUACGCAGUUGUAGGGGCGGCGGCUCUUUCCGGCGCAGUCACUCACACCGUGUCCACCGCCGUCAUUGUGUUCGAGCUGACCGGGCAAAUCUCGCACAUCCUGCCCGUGAUGAUCGCCGUGAUAUUGGCCAAUGCCGUGGCCCAGAGUCUGCAGCCUUCCCUCUACGAUUCCAUCAUCCGGAUCCAGAAACUUCCCUACCUGCCAGAGCUGGGCUGGGGACAGGAGAAAUAUAAUAUCCGUGUGGAGGACAUAAUGGUGAGAGACGUGCGGUAUAUCACUCUCUCCUCCUCUUACCGGGACCUGCAGGAAGCGCUCAUAACAGGCCAGCUUAAAACCCUGGCCUUGGUGGAGUCCAAAGAGUCCAUGAUCCUGCUGGGCUCUAUAGAGCGCUCCCAGCUUCAGUCUCUGCUCUCGCAGCAGCUCUGCCGAGCUCGCAGGCUGGAGUACUUGAGAGAACGUGCUCAGGACAAUGGCACCCAUGUGCCCACCUUCCCCCAAGACUCUCCCUCCAGGACUGGUUGUGGUGUACGGUUCCUGAUCUCCACUGAAGAGUCCUCCUUCAGCCCCACACUGACUAACUCCCAGAUCCCCCUGGAUGACACCAGCCAUUGGACCAGUGGCGGAACAGAAGAAACAAAAACUGUGGAUGUGGGGGAAGGAGUGGCACUGUCUCCGCCAGCUCCUGAAGAGCAGUCUCCCACAUCUCAGAGUUGCCCGUGUCAGGGAAGCUUAGUCGUCUUCCUAGAGGACUUCGCAGCCGGAAGUGACACGGGGGGCAUCGCUCUCCUGCGUGGGGCUCAAUGCGCUGGCCUCGAAGAAAUCUCAGCACGGGGCGGAGCUGGUGUGGAGGAUACAGGGGGUGCCCAUGGCAACGAGCAGGCUGAGAUACUGCCCGCAAAUAUCACGUCGGAGUGA